UUGCGGUGAGUAAGUGUCAAACGAUGGAAUUUUACGCAGCUGACGUUUUUAAAUGCGUCGGUUAACAAAUAACAAUAUCAUCCAAUAUGAUUCAUAUAAAUGGUAUCUCUCAUGCACUCACACAUACAAAUAAAAUACACACGAACAUAGUACGAUGCCAUUUGCAUCCACGCAGACAGAGACACAUAAACACACACACACACAUACACCCAUACAUACACGCACGCUCACAUUAGAAUCUAUUACAGAAACAGAUCCAUAACAUAAACCAAAUGAAAUCUCAUAUUCAAUAUAGAUACGUCUUCGGGAGGCUCGUGUAGACACAUUUGCAUUCGCGAUUGAAACAAUAAACACGAUCGUUGGUGUGUCUUUGUUUGUUUGUUUGUUUUUUUUUCGUUGCUUCUUUCGUUGGUUGUGUAGAAGGCAUUAUGCGCGAGCAUUUCCAAAUUGUGUUUUUUUGUGGUUUUUCGUUGCUUAUUCGUUGCUAACACAUGCCGAAAAUAGAUUUUAAUUUCCCAACUGCUGCUACAAAGAACUAAAUUGAGACUGAGUGUGGAAUCGAAUGUUAUAACCCGGAAAUACUUAAAACGUGAACAACAUCAAAAACAAUUCCAUCAAAUUGAUAAAUUUCGGUUUGUGCAAUUGAAAAGUUUGAGAACGAAAUUAAAUUGAAUCAAAAAAAUGGCAGCAUCAGCUCAAAUGCAGCAAAAAGCCAAAGACUAUUUUGCUUCAUUGAAUCCAUUGGCUGAGAAGAUAAACAACGAAAUUAACGAUAUUGUCGAUGCAUAUGCAAAUUUAUGGGAAACAUUCAGCAACGACGAACAAAAUGAAAUGAUCGAUGUAACAUUAAUCAAACCAAAUUUAAUUCUAAAAUAUGUGGAUGAAAUGAAGAAUGAGCGCAAUUUAAAAAAACGUCGUUCAUCAGCAUUGCUGAGCAAAGACGAUGCCACAAUAAUCACUGAUACAGACAGCAACAAUGAUCGCCUGUCAUUGUCGUCGUCGUCCAAUUCAAAUUCAUAUCGUUCGAAUGAUUUUAGUCAUAUUUAUUUAUACAAUGGAAAAGAUUUGUGCACAUACAGUCAAAUAAUAACAGCGCUACGCUACAAUCAAGAUGAUUUAUGUGGAAUUUAUCGUGACGAACAUUCCGAACCAUUCAAUUCAAAAACAAAAAGUCAAAUGAAUUUGAAUUUUGGCAAUGCAGCCGAUGCAAAUGCAAAAUUGGUGGAACGUGCACAGAAAAAAUUUCCAGAAAUUAAAUUGCCAUUUGUCAAUGGGCUCGAUACGAUUGAUGGUGUUAUGAAAAAAGGUGGCGUUGAUCAUGUGCCUGAAUUAUGCGCAAAAUUAGCUAGUCUUAACAAAUCGAAUACACUUGAACACGGAAAGGAUGGAAGCGUUGUACGAAAAAGUUUCAUGACUCGAUUAUUUAGUGGCAAAGGCCAGACCAUGCCAGCAACCGUGAAUGUUCCUAGUCUAAAAUCAACUGCACCAGCACCACUUGAUGCGUCCGGCAUCGAUUUGGGUAUCAUUGAUUCGGCCAAAAAUUUCGACUCGAUGUCGACAAAAAGUGCCAACUCAUCAAAACCAGACGAAAUAAAUGACAUGUGUCGUCUCAUUGAUACUAAUGACGAUGACGAUGAUGCCAACAUUCUAAACACCUCGGCCGAUUAUGAUUUUCUAAACAAUUGGUAAAAAAUUGUUCAUCGAUAUCAUUAUCAUACCUUAUCAUACUAUCUCAAUAAGUUAUUUACCAAAAAAAUAGAUAUGAUGAAACACCCAUUUUGAUGGUUUCGAAAUGCGGAAAUUCCAAAGACCAUUUCUCAAAGUAAAUGCAAAAUUGUUUUGUGUGUACAUUUUUUGUGCAACACAAUAUAUAUCGAAAAUAAAAUGAGCCAUUUGUAUUUUUGCAAAUAAAAGAGUCAUUUAAAACCGAAAGUAAUAUACACGAAA